AUGAGAACAUACAUUUGGAGUCGCCGGAAAAUCUGGACUUUCUUGAUUUCCUGGAUACCCCGGAACCCCUUGGAUGAAGUUAAUCCGCUGGAUGAGAGCGAAGAAAGUCCAGAACGGGAGGAGAAGCCUUACCAUGUGGCAGCUAACUCCAGUUCUUACAUCGAUCAGGAGGUCUUGGAAAAUCAUCGAAGGAUUUACCGUCAGUUGGGAAUUCAUAUCCCGGUGAUGCAGCCCAAUCAUCCGAUGUUGACCUUUCGCUUCGUCCUGAAACUUUUCCUGGCCGCCGAUAGUUGCACUAUGGAUUUCCUGCAAUGGUCGUCGACUGGUAAUGAACUGAUUCUGGAAUAUGUGGGAUUGCAGCAGUACUUGUCCAGCGCCGAUUCCAUUUUCCAUUGCCGCAGCACUUUGCAAUUUACGGAGCUGCUUUUGGCCCAUGGAUUCCAACGAGUUUGGCCGCGGAAAAAGAAGACUGCCAUUCCAGAUACUCUUGAGCCCGUGCUCCUGACCUAUCGAAAUCCGAAAUUCCGUGAAGGUGAUGUGAUAAACCUGCAUUCGCUGAAUUUGGAAUGUGAGCUAAUCAGAGAAAACCCGUCGAAGAAGCAGCCACGAUUUCCAUCUCUGCACGUCCCGAACUCUAAACAUUUCGCCAGGAUGACCCGGCGAGGAGAUCUCUGCUCUACUUCGUAUUCAUGUCGCUCUCCUCUCCAGAUAGCCCGAUGCCAGUUUCAGACCAUUCUCGGAUACCAAGCCGAUUUGGGAGUCCUGAAGGAACGCCAUGCUGUGUUCAACAGACACUCCCUGACGCAUUCAAAUAUGAAGAGAGGACGCAAUGCAACCAGUAAUCCUAUAGCCGAUGUAAAUCCCACCAAAGUGUCCUUGGCGAAGUUCGUUAAGCCCCACGAAUCGGUCAUUAACAUUGGAAUUGGUCAAGCACCCGACUAUGCCGGUUACUAUGGCAAGGUGGAACUUUCCAAAGUCAAUGAUUUCUUCUCGGAAUAUCUGCCGAGAUACGGCAGCAAGAUCACCGGCUAUAAGGAUAUAGUAAUGGAUGCCACCAACAAGUCCAUUGGCUUCCAACAGAAUCUGCCCAUCGGAAUAAAUUAUUCGGAUGAUGAAGACGAUGGCUUAGUACCAAUUUCUUCCGGUUUGGAUAUGGAUUUCUUGCCAUCCACCUCAGCGGAGGCAAAACAGAAAUCUUCUAGCCACAAGUUGCCUGUGGAUGAUUCGGACUUGGAGCAGGCCAUGCAGGAACUGUGUGGCGGUUUGAAUCCUAUUGAGGAUGAUGAAGACCCACAGCCCAGCACUAGCACUAGUAGUAAUAGGACAAAAGCAAAACCCAAGCCAAAACCCAAAGCCAAGCCUGUCAAACGUCAGGCCAAACGGCAAAGUUCCAGUUCUAGCGAAAACGAAGAUUCCAAGAAAAUCGAAAAGAAAAAACCCAAGCAAAGACAACCAAAGAAAAUGAAAAGGGAGCCAGAAGAAAGCUGUUCUUAUAAAGUGGAAACUGAUGAGGAUCUCGAGGAGCAGGAAAUCGAAGAUGCUAACGAUAAUAAGGAAAGGAUGAUAAGGGAUCGGCGAUACGAUGACGAGUCCAAUGAUGACGAGGAGGAGGAUGAACUGGACGAGGACGAUGAGGAUUAUAUCGACAAAAACGUACAGUACAGGUCAGCACCGGAGCCUCCCAAGACGCGACGUUAUGAUCUUCGCAACCCCAAGCGACAUCCGAUUUGAAGUUUAUAAUAAUUUAUGAUUUUUUUUAUCUAACUAGGAACCAAAAAUAUUUAGUUAAAUCAAUUUUAAGCUAAAUCUAACGGAAGAUUGCCCGGCUGAGUGGAAAGCUCGAGGCGUAUUUUCCUUAAAACCAUUAAACGUUAUUUAAUUCCUC